AUGUCUCAAAGAUCAUCUAGUGGAUCAAUAAUAAACAAUCAAGAAUUUGAACAAAUGAAUCAAUAUGAAUCAUUAAACAAUGAAAAAUUUAAUAUAGAAAAUGAUCUUAUUGUAUUAAAUGAUCAAUCAAAUAUGAUUGAAGAUUCUAUUGAAAAUAAUAACAAUAGAAAUUUAUCAAUAGAUUCCAAUGAACGUUAUAGAAAUAGCCAAACAGGUAAAAAUAAAACUGGUCAAAAUCAUAAUAUGGAAACGAUUAAAAGUAAAAAAGACUUGAACGAUAAUAGAAGUGAAAACAUCUGUGAUAUUUCCUCAUCAUCAUCAUUGAGAAAAAAUAUUGCACGAUCUUAUUUUUCUUCAUUAGUAGUUUUACCAGAUGUAUCAUCAAAUAAAGAAAAAACUCUUUCCAAUAAAAGAUUAUUUAAAUCUUAUUCGUCUCUUAAUAAUUUAUCCACAGUAAAACAUUCAAAAAGAAAAUUAUUAACCCAAAAAUCUUUUCCAUUCGAUAAAAGAACAAAUGAAAAAUUGAAUGAUAAUUCUAUUGAGAAAAAAGGAAUUUCUUUUAAAAAUUUAUCAAGUCAUCAAUCAAUUGAUAUAAUUAAAGAACAUUGUCCAAAUCAAUAUUUAUACGAAAAUAAUCAUUCAAAUUUAUUUAAAUUUAAUCAACAACAAAUUCGAACAGCAACAACAAAAAUCAAAUUAAGUUUACCUUUAUUAACAGCUGGAUUAAAUAAUCGUCGUCGUUAUGAAAAUAAAAAUGAUAUCAAUCAAAAUACAGUUCAAGGUGAAUUUAUAUUACCAACAAAUCCUCCAAUAACAGUUACAAUUCAACCUCAAUCGACAAUAAAUGAAUUGAUUCAAAAAGAUAAUUCAUUACAUGAUGAUCAAAUCUAUUCACCUGAUCAUGUUCAUAUAAUUAACAAAAAACGAUCUAGUCUAGAUACAUCAUUAAAAGGUACAUCAACAAUAGUUAAUUAUUUUAUGGAUCUAUUAAAACCAAGCGAUAAUAAAUUAGCUAUGAAAUUAUUUGGAAGUAAAAAAGGUGUACUCAAAGAACGUUUAAGACAACAACGAUCAGGUCAUUGUAUAAUACAUCCAUGUUCAAACUUUCGUUUUUAUUGGGAUUUAGUUAUGUUAAUAUUAUUAAUAACGAAUGUUAUUGUUUUACCAGUCGCUAUUGCUUUUUUUAGUGAAGACAUAAAUUCAGCACGCUGGAUUAUAUUUAAUGUUAUUUCUGAUGCUCUUUUUCUUUUUGAUAUUGUUGUCAAUUUUCGAACAGGUGUAUUAAGAAAUGAUUAUAUUGAUGAAAUUAUACUUGAACCACGUUUAAUAGCAAUGCAUUAUAUUAAAACUUGGUUUGUGGUUGAUUUACUUAGUUCAUUACCAAUUGAUUAUUUAUUUCUAUUUUUUGAUACUGGUGAUCAUUCAGGUGGUUAUAGCAUAGCGAGAACUGGUCGAGCUAUUAAAGUUCUUCGACUUGUUAAAUUACUUUCAUUAUUAAGAUUACUUAGAUUAUCACGUCUUGUUCGAUAUAUUCAUCAAUGGGAAGAGUUUUUAUCAAUAGCUAGUAUGGUUAUGCGUAUUCUUAAUUUAAUUGCAUUAAUUAUAUUAUUGGCACAUUGGAAUGGAUGUUUACAAUUUAUGAUUCCAAUGUUUCAAAAUUUUCCAUCCGACUGUUGGGUUGCACUCAAUGGUCUUCAACAAGCUCCAUGGACAGAACAAUAUACAGUUGCUCUGUUUAAAGCACUUUCACAUAUGUUAUGUAUUGGUUACGGUCGAUAUCCACCUCAAAGUUAUGUUGAUAUGUGGUUAACUAUGCUUUCCAUGGUUAUUGGAGCCAUGUGUUAUGCAGUUACAAUUGGACAUGUUUCAGCACUUGUUCAAAGCUUCGAUACAUCGAGACGUUUAUAUAAUGAAAAAUUUAAACAAGUUGAAGAAUAUAUGGCAUGGAGAAAAUUACCUCGUGAAAUGCGUAAUAGAAUAUCCGAUUAUUAUGAACAUCGUUAUCAAGGAAAAAUCUUUCAUGAAGAUUCAAUUUUACAUGAACUUUCAGAAAGAUUAAGAUUGGAUGUUGUUAAUUAUAAUUGUCGGUCACUUGUAUCAUCAGUUCCAUUUUUUUCAAACGCUGAUCCAAAUUUUGUUUCUGAUGUUGUUACACAAUUACAUUUCGAAGUAUUUCAACCUGGUGAUCAAAUUAUUUGCGAAGGAACUAUUGGAAAUAAAAUGUAUUUUAUACAAGAAGGUGUUGUUGAUAUUAUUAAAUCCGAUGGACAAGUUUUAACAACUUUAUCGGAUGGAUCUUAUUUUGGAGAAAUCUGUUUAUUAACACGUGCUAAACGUACAGCUGGUGUUCGUUGCGUAACAUAUUGUAAUUUAUAUUCUUUAGAUUCAAGUCAAUUUGAACGAGUUCUUGAAUCGUAUCCAUUAAUGAGGAGAACAAUGGAAUCUGUUGCUGCUGAAAGACUUAAUAAAUUAGGAAAAAAUCCUUCAAUAAUAUCAACAAGAUACGAUUUAAAACGUGAUGCAGCUGUAUUAAAAGACAUAAUCGAUCGUGCAACACCUCAACCAUCAAGUGAUGAAUCGUCUGAAAGUGAUUCAUCAUCAGUAUGUUCGAAUCCAAAUCGUAAAAUUGAUUUUAAAUCUUCAUUAUCACAUUUACAUGACGAAUUUAAAAAAUCUUUUAUUAAAAAUCCUUUAAAUUCAUCACGAAGAAAAUUUUCACAUGAAGAAAAAAAAUUAAAAAAUUAUUCACGAAAUUAUCUAACUGCGCCAAAGUCAAAUUCAAUUGAAAAUCAAAUUAAAAAAUCUCUGUCCAUACCCUUUUCGACUUUACAUUAA